UUGAAAUGGGACUACACCGAUCGUCGCAUCUUUCAAGAAAUCCAACCAGGUGUCUUCCUCGGACCCCUCGCUUCUUCACGGGCAUGUGAGACGCUUGCUGAACAUCGCAUCACGACGCUCGUUGCCAUCAGGACAGAACAAACGCGCAAGAUCUUCAAGGAACGCUAUCCAGAGCAGUUUCGCUAUGAGUAUAUCGAUAUUGUGGAAGGAUCACUCCUUUCAGUAUUACCGCGCAUCACGCCAUUCAUCCAAGGCUGUCUCGGGAGGGGUGAGCGAUUGCUGUUUUAUGAUGAAACGGGUAAUGCAAAAGGGGCAGUGGUGGUAUGUGCGUACUUGAUGGAAACCCUUGGCAUUGACUCGGCAACGGCGUACUCCAUGGUCAAGAAUAAACGACUCUCAGUGACGCUGAGUGAGCAUGAACGGUAUCAGUUACAA